AUGUCGGGUAUAGCACCAGUAACAAUCAUCACUGAUCAAGAUAAAGCUAUGUGUGGUGCUAUUCACAAAGUUUUUCCUAAAACUCGCCAUCGCUUUUGUUCUUGGCACCUUCGUAGGAAUGCCUUACAAAAUCUUCAAUCAAUGCAUAAUGAUUAUGGUGAGGAUGUUGGUGUAAAGUAUAACAAAUGGUAUUGGAGUAAAUCGGAAGAAAAAUUUGAAAAGCGUUGGGAAGAAAUGAGGGACAAAUAUGGUGCAGAUAAAAGGAGUUGGUUAGUAAAUUUAUACAAUCAUCGAGAUCAUUGGGCUCCAGUGUAUCUUAAAGACACUUUUACUACAGGAAUGACAUCUACUCAGCGGAGUGAGGGAAUUAAUGCUUUUUUUGAUCAUUUUGUGAAUGUAAAUACCGAGUUACAUGAUUUUGUUAAGCAGUAUGAUAAUGCUGUCAGAGCUCGCCGAGCCGCUGAACUUGAGCAAGAUUUUAAGUCCACAAACUCAGUUCCUACAUUGAUAAUUGAACAUCCCAUUGAAAAACAAGCUCGGGAGAAUUAUACGAAGAAUCUGUUUACUAUCUUUCAGAAAGAACUCAAGGAUAGUUACUCCAUGCUUCAUGAAAAGUUGUCGAAGGACGGCGCAAGUGCUACUUAUGCCGUUUGGAAUAUAGAUAGCGAGGCUGAAAGCAAGAAGAUAGUAAAGCAUCAUGUUGUUUUCGAUACAUCCAAAGAAAAAAGAAUUAAGUGCUCUUGUGCGAGAUUUGAGAUGGAAGGUAUAUUAUGCAAACAUAGCUUGCACAUUUUAGUAAAGAAGCAAGUAUUAGAAAUUCCAUCAAGAUAUAUCAUGCAACGAUGGACAAUUAAAGCAAGACAUGUUGGUUGCGGAGUUGUUAGAAAUUGCAUUACAAAUAGUGAAGACCAACUAUCUAUCAUUAAACAUUGGGCCCUUAGGAGUAGAUGUAACAAGGCACUAGAAGAUACAUUGACUUCAAGUACACUUCAUGAUAAGUUUAGUGCUUUUUUAGACUCAUUUUUUGAAGAAGUUGAGAAUUCCAAGAUUGAGAAGGAACAUAACGACAAUGGAAAUGAGAGCAAUGCCAGCAAUAAGAUGCCUACUUCAUCCAUACCCAUCUCUAUAGAGGAAGCAACUCAAAUCACUAUUCGUGAUCCAGAUAAGCCUGUUGCCACGAAGGGACGACCAGCACAUGCUACUAGAAUUAAGUCGGGAGUGGAGAUAGCACAAGAAAAGAGUAUAAAAAAACAAAGAUUUUGUGGGUUUUGUAAGGGAAAAGGACAUUAUAUAACGAGUUGUCCUUUAGCUAAGAACAAAAAUGUUGCUCGUGGAGGUCGAGAAAGUUAA